AUGGCUUCUUCCGGUGCGGCAGAAGCUGCGGAAGGGACGGAGCGCGCGGAGGAACAGCAGCCGUUGAUUAUGCAAAUAGUUGUACGGAGUGAUUUAUUGGACACGGAGAGCUGGGGUAUCGGGCCGUUGAUGGCGCAGGUAUCUCAUGCGACUGCCGCAGUGCUGCAUGAGACGAGGGAGAGACCGGAUACGAUCGAGUAUCUGAGUGAUUUGAGGUACAUGCAUACGGUAGUCCUACAGGUCUCAUCAGCGUCCGCCAUUCUCGCACUCGCAGACAAACUGUCCACACCACCAGUACCAACCAAAGGCGCGCCCGCAUCCACACCACCCGCUCCGCUCCCACCCUUCCACCUCUGGAUCGAGCAGCCCGAAAACGAGCCGAGCUGCCUCGCGCUUGCACCCAGCAGACGCGGGGACAAGGCCGUGCGGAAGGUGCUGGACAAGGCGGGCGCACGCGUGUGGCGGUCGUGA